UCGCUCGAUCGCUUGCCUCGCGCGCCGCCUUUGAAGCUCCGAACAGGAAAACCGGGGCGUAGCACUGCUGCCGUUGCCGUCCAGUUGCGAGGCUCCCCGCACGCCAGAUGCGGCUGCAGCUGGAGCAGGGUUCUCCUCCGGCGUGAGCGACGCCCAGCGCCCGUGCCCGUGGCCAGAGCUGGAUCGGAGACGGGCUGGGGGACCGCCACGCAGGGCCGCCACCCGCUCUUGAGAGGGUCAAUGCGCUGUCCGGUCGGAGCACUUCCUUGCAACGUCGCCAGGUGAAGCGAGCGCUGGAGGGAUCUCGGGGAACUCCGGCGGCGGACGGCGAGGCCGGGCGGGCGGACGGGCGGCUUAAAUGGAUCGCCACUCCAGCUUCAUCUUCAUCUGGCUGCAACUGGAGCUGUGCGCCAUGGCCAUCCUGCUGACCAAAGGUGAAAUUAGAUGCUACUGUGAUGCCGCGCACUGUGUUGCAACAGGCUACAUGUGCAAAUCUGAGCUCAACGCUUGCUUCUCUAGACUGCUUGACCCACAGAACAGCCAUUCUCCACUCACUCACGGCUGCUUGGACUCUCUUGCCAGCACAGCGGACAUCUGUCAAGCUAACUUGGCCCAAAACCACUCUGGCAGUACCAUACCCACGUUGGAGUGUUGCCACGAAGAUAUGUGCAAUUACAGAGGGCUGUAUGAUGUCCUCUCUCCUUCCAGGGGAGAGCCUUCAGGACAAGGGAGCAGGUAUCAGCAUGAGAGCAGCAGAAACCUCAUCACCAAGGUUCAGGAACUGACCUCCUCCAAAGAACUCUGGUUCAGGGCAGCGGUCAUUGCGGUCCCCAUAGCCGGUGGGCUGAUCUUGGUGCUGCUCAUCAUGCUGGCCUUGCGCAUGCUCAGGAGUGAAAACAAGAGACUGCAGGACCAGCGGCAGCAGAUGCUCUCCCGAUUGCACUACAGCUUCCACGGGCAUCAGUCCCGAAAAGGGCAGGUUGCCAAGCUAGACUUGGAAUGCAUGGUGCCGGUGACGGGACAUGAGAACUGCUGCAUGACCUGUGAUAAGAUGCGACAGCCAGACCUCAGCAACGACAAAAUACUUUCGCUUGUCCACUGGGGAAUGUAUGGCAGGCACGGAAAGCUGGAGUUCGUCUGAUCGUGUCUUCUUUAUUUUAAUAUAUAUAUAUAUAUAUAUAUAAAUAUAUAAAUAUUAAAGGUUUGUUCUUAAAAAUUACUAGAAAAAGGCCUUUGGGUUCUGCUGGACAGGAGCACUUUAUACAGGGAAAAGCCUACAGUCAUUAAUCCUUUUUAAGAAAACAAAGGACCUCUGCAGAUUGAACCUUGGAUGUCUUCUGAAGGAUUCCAAAAGUUAUCUUAUUUGCACAGAGUAAAUAGACUCAAAUGUAUUGUUUGCUUUAGAACUAUGGAAGCAAAACUGAGAAGUUGUACACACUGUUACCAGGGUUGUCUGAGCUGUAGGGAGAUGGGAUACUAUUAAACUGUAUGCAAGUUCUGAUGUAAAGAUUUUUUAAAAUAUAUAUAUAUAUAUAUAUUUUGUCUGAAGCCUAUUUGUGGUUUUGUGUACUGUUCCAGGUGUUGGCCUAGAGCAGUGGUGGGGAAUUUGUGGACUCCAGAUGUUGUUGGACUUCUAGCUCCCCAUCAUCCUGGGCUAUUAGCGGUGAAGGCUGGGGCUGAUAGGACUUGGAGUCCCAACAACCCCUGGAAGCUACAGGUUUCUCAUCCCUGACUUAGCAUUUUCUUUAGUGUUUGGGAUGGUUCAAGUGAUGUGGACUCAUUUCGCCACAGAAAAUGCACCCACACAAAGUUACACCAUUGCCUUGUUGGCUAUUUCAUUGCUUAAAUCAGGUUGGGGGCACCCUGUGCCUCUCUGGAUACUUUGGCCCUCAGCUCCCAUCAGCCCUAGCUGGCAUAGCCAGCAAUGAGGGUGGGUGAAGUUGUAGGCUGAAGCAUCUGGAGGACCACCAGUUGCCGACCGCUGGUUUGAACUUGCCAAACACUUUGAUUCUAUCAUAAGCUGGUUUUGUCGUAAAGGCAAAUGGCUUCUUUGCUCUGCUGUUAUGCUUUAGGAGGUUUAGUUUGCUCACUUUGAAUUUUGAAAAAGUAGAACUCCAGUGUUUGCCUAAUACUGAACUCAUUUUAAUAUUUUGCUAUUCAGCAGCACAGAACGGAGCCAGACUGCCCAAUGUCUGUACUAAAGUCCACUUGGUUCUCCAGACUGUAGUCCAGGGCAACAAACACUCAGGCCGAGUAAUAUAAUAAAAUUGGAUUCACUUGACAGCGAAGGCUACAGAGGUUUGGAACAAAUGCUUAUAGAUCCUUGCAGCUGCAAUACUGAGGAACGAAUACGCGGUGCAGCGAUCAGAGGGAGACCUGGGUUCAAAUUCCCACUUAGUCAUGAGGCUCAUUUGGUACCUUGGACAAGUCACUUUCUCUUUGCCUUACCUACCUCACAGGACUGCUGUGAGGCUAACAUGCAGGGAGAACCAUACACCAAAAAAGGGGGUGGCACAGACUAGGCUGAGACAACAUUACCAUAUAAAAUGCCUAGUAAAUAAAGAAGGUUUAACUUAACACUUGAAAAGCUUGCAAUGCCAUUGGCUGUACUGCUUUAGGGAGGAUUUUCCUGAGUCAUGGGAUCGGCAGAAACAGCCCUUCCUUUGGAGGUGCAUGAUUUAUCUCUCAGAGGAAGGCACUCAGAAGGGCAUCUGUAGGGACUGCAAGGCAGAGGAAGGCUGGUAUGGAAAGAGACCCUCCUUCCAACUUUUUGGAUAAUAGGAGUGCUUUACAACCUCUAGUACAAAUAAAAAUUUCUACUAGCCUGAAGUAACCGUAUGGACAUGGUCCAGCCAAAGUUGCAGUUAUCCCACUGGAAUUGAUGGGGGUAAGCAAGACUAACUUUGCUGGAUAGGGAGCUUUUGCUUUUCCCUGCAACAGUUUUCCAAGUGUUUUCAGCCAAAGACUGGAUUUGUGUGCUGUCUUGUCAGCCAUAAUGAGGUAGAAAUUGGUAUGUGCCAGUGUUCUCCAGCCAGGGAGAGCUGUGUGUAGAAACACGCUGCAAUCCCGUUACCAAGUGCUGGGAAGCUGCCGUAUUCGGCAUCUUGACUGUCUGUCUGUCCAGCCCAGCCCAGCCCUGGCUGACUGGGGUGCAGCAGCCUUGUGGGGUCUUGGGGCAGCAGCUUUCCUGUCACUUGGUACCAGCUGGAGACAGCCUAGACAUGCAGUGUGGAAAGCGUGUGUUGCACUAGCACUCCAGCUCCUGUUUCACUGCAGAUUCUCUGCAUUGACAGGUUGCCCCAGGCUUGUCCGAUCAUGUCAAGUUGCCCCCUAAUUUGAGAGAUCCACUGCCUCUUGUGGAUGCUUUUAAGCAAACCUAUUUGUGCAUCACCCAGAGAAAUCAGAUGAUUCCUGCUUCUCCCCAGAGCCAGUUUGGGUCACUUGUGUAGUUGGACUCCCUGCUUUUGCCACUCUGCCUGUGUGAGCUGACUUCAGAUCACUGGAAAACCUUCCACAAGAAAGGGUAAAAGACAAAAUGAGCUGCCUACUAAAUGUCUAUUGCAAAGGACUUCAAGAGAUAUUUAAAUGGCCAGUCCAAAGACAACUUUUUCUACACACAGAACUGCUCCUGUCCUAAACCAACAUACCUGCUCUUAAACCGGCUCAGAACCCUGUGAUUACGUAAACCAGCAGUGGGCAACUUGUAGCCUUCUAGAUGUUUACCUAGAACUCCUUAUCGCCCCUAGUCAGCACAGCCAGCUAUGAUGGGAGCUGUAGGCCAAAACAACUGGAGGCCCAAAAGAUACCCACCCUUGACCAAAUUACACCUAUCGGGAAUAAACCCCACUGAACAUGCCAGGGACUUAUGUGAAAUCAUGUCUAGGAUUGCACGGUUAAGAUUAUUUCAUAGCACUGAUUCUUCUAGCAAGCUGAACCAGUACUGCACACACUGAAUGCAUUUUCAUAUCUGGAAGUACAAAGAAAACCCCCCGAUAGGAGAAUAAAGGCCAGUGUCUGAAA